CACAAUCACAGCAGGUGCUCCAGUCCGUGCAGUAACUGAUCAGGAGUCAGCAAUGGAUUACCAGCAGCAGGUUGAAGAAAUUGUGUCUACUGCCAAAUUUGGAGACUUGAUAGAAUUUUCCUAUCCCAUCGGAUAUGCACACUGGGGAGUGUAUGAUGGUGAUGGACAUGUAAUCCACUUUGCUGUUGCAGAUGAGGGAGAACUGAUGGGGAAUGUACGCUCUUACCUGCAAACAAUCUUCCCCGUAUGUGGGGACCUUCUUCUUGGGGAAACCAAGAUCCGCAGAGUGCCUGUUGGUGAGGUGAACGUCCCAAAAGGAGCCCAUGUCUUGAUCAGUAACAACCGCCAUGCCUUCACACCAUCAUCACCUGAGGAUAUGAGACUACGGCGCGAUUCCCUUCUUGACCACAAAUUCCAGUAUCACCUUUUCAAUCUGAACUGCGAGCAUUUUGCCACGUUUGUACGCUAUGGGAAAGCUGUAUGCAACCAGAUUCCUGCAAGACCAAAGAAUGUAGAGUGUGAGGAGGCAACUGCAGUCUUCCAAGACACUGUCUCCUCCAAAGAAACUGAUGAAGACCAUGGUGAACGAACCCUAUUUUUCACAUGAACUGACCUCAAAGCGACUUUUUAGUGGCACGGAAACAUGGACAACAUGGAAAUAUGAUCACUCUAUCAAUCAUACCCUCUGUACAGUUAGAAUGGGUGUUUGUGUCAGUGAUGGAGUGGAGCUGCAAUUAACAAAAUGUUUUUUUAUCAUCGAUUAUUCUGCCAAAUAUUUUCUAAUGUAUCGUAAAAUACUCAUUAAAGAGCUGAAUGAGAGUGCCAAAUGUUGUUGUUAUAAGAUGGGACGUUGUGUCACAGUUCUUUGUUAUUGUCAGUGUGUAUUUGAAUAAACAGCGACGCAGAGGUGAAGCCAA